AUGAACACUUUCAAGCUUGCUGACUACACAAUCGCUUGGAUAUGCGCCCUGGUGCUGGAGGCGGCAGCGGCUCGAGCUAUGCUCGACAAGAUCCACGCUCCACCUCAACAGAUCUCUGAUCCGAAUGCUUAUGAAUUUGGCGAACUUAACGGUCAUUACAUAGUCAUAGCGUACCUACCGAACGGCGUGUACGGAACAGUGUCUGCCGCAACCGUCGUAUCUCGCAUGCGUUUGACCUUUCCCCGGCUGCAGCUUGGGCUAAUGGUGGGGAUUGGUGGUGGAGUCCCCAGCAAGAGCAAUGACAUUCGAUUAGGCGACGUGGUUGUCAGCAAACCGGGACGAAAACAUGGUGGGGUUAUACAUUAUGACUAUGGAAAGGCAGUUCAAGGCGGACGUUUCGAGCCCACAGGCAUCCUGAAUCAGCCACCGCAGUCCCUUCUAACACAUAUGAGCCAACUGCAAGCGAAGCAAAUGACAGAAGGCGAGGAUGGUAUUUCCAAAAUAGUGAGCGAUGUAUUGAAACGAAACCCUGACAUGAACACAAGGUUCUCCCCUCCGGCACGGACCACCGAUUACCUCUUUGAGCCCUCCUAUCAUCAUGCUGAUAAUGAUUCUGAUUGCGAAACGUGCGAUAAAAAGUACUUGGUUGAACGACAGCCACGUUUGACGGAGACAAUAUAUGUCCAUUAUGGCUUAAUCGCGUCUGGAGACCAGGUUAUGAAAGACUCAGUAACCCGAGACCGUCUAGCCCAAAAACAUGGAGUGCUCUGCUUUGAGAUGGAGGCCGCAGGCCUAAUGAACGAACUCCCAACACUUGUUAUCCGAGGAAUAUGUGAUUACUGCGACUCGCAUAAGCAGAAACAGUGGCAAGGGUAUGCGGCAUUAACAGCAGCUGCUUACGGAAAACUUCUGCUAGCAGUCAUGCCUCCUUGCAAACUGAAUUCUGACUUGCUAGAGAGCAGCAAAAUACGGCAUUGCAUGGUCUCUCUACCAAGGAACCCGAAAUUUGUCGGCCGCGGUGAUGAGAUCAAGAAGCUGGAAGAACUACUAUCAAUGCAAGAUGGGCCUAGAAGGAUCGCAAUCACUGGUUUAGGGGGGGUGGGGAAGACACAAGUUGCCUUGGAGCUGGCAUACCGCAGACGAGACCAAGAUUCAGGAUGUUCGAUAUUCUGGGUUCCAUGCACUAGCUAUGCAAUGAUUGAGCAGUCGUUCCUUGAGAUUGCACAAAUACUUGGACUGUUUAAUGUGAAGCCUGCAGAGGUUAAGGAACAGAUUCAGGCAUAUCUCAGCUCCAAGAACGCAGGGAAGUGGCUUCUGAUUUUCGAUAAUGCGGAUGAUACGGAUUUGUGGUUAACGGCUUAUGAUAAAGCUCCAGCUCUUGAGGACUUUCUCCCCCAAAGUGAGCAAGGCCGCAUCGUAUUCACUACCCGCAACUGGGAGCUUGCUGUGGAGCUCACAUACUCAAAUAUCGUUCCUGUUCCAGAUGUUGAUAAAGAGAUUGCGCGGAGUAUCCUUGAGAGCCUACUAAUACAAAAAAGCUUACUAAAGCAUGAUAGUAUUAUAGUUGCACUCUUGAAACAUCUGGAAUAUCUCCCACUGGCAAUCGCGCAGGCAGCUGCAUACAUCAACAAGAAGCGUUUGGAUCUGGCUGCUUACCUGACACUCUUACAAGACGAGGAGCAGGAUGCUGUGGAUCUUCUAAGUGAGAAAUUCAGGGACCCGGGACGAUACAAGGACAUUGAGAAUGCCGUGAUCACCACCUGGCUAAUAUCCUUCAAGCAGAUUCAACAGCAGGAUCCAUUAGCAGCAGACUAUUUAUCUUUUAUGGCCUGUAUCAGUCCGCGAAAUAUUCCGCAGUCUCUUCUUCCAGCCCAGAUAUCAGGGAAAAAGAGAGUUGAUGCUUUAGGGCUCCUGUGUGCAUACAACUUCAUCAACAGCCAAGAGGGAGACAUAAAUAUGCACAGGCUGGUACAUAUUGCGACCCGAUAUUGGUUGAGAAAGAAUAGAGUGUUUAGUCACUGGGUCCAAAGGGUAGCUGAUCAAAUGGAGAAAGUUUUCCCAAACGACCACUACACAAAUCGAGGACUCUGGCGACAAUACCUCCCUCAUGCUCUGGCGUUGAUGCAUGAGAGCGAUUUUACCAAUCAAAUGGACCCACAUAUCAACCUAGUUGAAAAUAUCGCGAAUUGUCUAUUGAGCGAUGGCCGAUAUCUGGAAGCGGAGGUUCUGUACGUGAAGUUACUGGAAUUCCAGAAGAGAAAUGGCCCCGAGGAUCCCGCCACUCUGAGGAGCAUGGCAAACCUGGCAUCAACAUACUGGAGUCAGGGAAGAUUGAAUGAAGCUGAGAAGCUGGAGGUGCAAGUCAUGGAGACGUCCAAGAUAGUGCUGGGUGCUGAGCAUCCCGACACACUGACCAGCAUGGCAAACCUAGCAUCAACUUACCGGAAUCAAGGACGAUGGAAUGAAGCUGAGAAGCUGGAGGUACAAGUCAUGGAGUCAUCCAAGACAGUGCUGGGUGCUGAGCAUCCUGACACUUUGAGCAGCAUGUCGAACAUAGCGUCAACACUUUGGAAUCAGGGACGAUUUCAUGAAGCUGAGAAGCUGUUUAUACAUGUGAUGGAGACAAGGAAGAUUGUGCUGGGUGUUGAGCAUCCAGCCACUCUGACCAGCAUGGCGAACCUAGCAUCAACCUACCAAAAUCAGGGAAGAUGGAAUGAAGCGGAGAAACUGGAAAUACAAGUUAUGGAGACAUCCAAAAUAACUCUGGGGGUUAAGCAUCCAAGCACGCUUAGCAGCAUGGCGAACCUGGCAUCAACCUACCGGAGUCAGGGUCGAUGGAAUGAAGCUGAGAAGCUGUUUCUGCAAGUCAUGGAGAUACGGAAUAUAGUGCUUGGUGCUAAGCACCCAAGCACGCUUAGCAGCAUGGCGAACCUGGCAUCAACCUACCGGAACCAAGGACGGUGGAAUGAAGCUGAGAAGCUAGAGGUGCAGGUCAUAGAUACGGCCAAGACAGUGCUGGGUGCUGAGCAUCCAAGCACUCUGAGUAGCAUGGCAAACCUGGCAUCAACCUACCGAAACCAGGGCCGAUGGAAUGAAGCUGAGAGGCUAGAGGUGCAGGUCAUAAACACGGCCAAGACGGUGUUGGGCGCUGAGCAUCCUAACACUCUAAGCAGCAUGGCGAACCUAGCAUCAACCUACUGGAGUCAGGGACGAUGGAAUGAAGCCGAGAAGCUAGAGGUGCAGGUUAUAGAGGCAUUUAAGACAGUGCUGGGUAGUAAGCAUCCUAACACGCUAAGAAGCAUUGCGCACCUGGCAUCAACCUACCAGAAACAAGGACGAUGGAAUAAGGCCGAGAAGCUCUUUAUGCAUGUGACAGAGACAAGGAAGAUCAUGCUAGGUGUUGAGCAUCCUGAUACUCUGAGCAGCAUGGCGAACCUCGCAUCAACCUACCGGAACCAGGGACGAUGGGACAAGGCGGAAAAGUUAUCUAUGCAAGUCAUGGAGACAAGAAAGAGAGGCCAAACCAUCCACUUACCAGAUCCUCUUCUCGUGCCGUGA